AUUGAUACCAACUUAACUCCAAUCACAUACAAAAACUCUUCUCCUAUACAGCUCUGCCCGCCCCCCCCUGCCCCUGUGUCCACCGGGAAACGGGACAAGCUGGCACAGGUAGAGCAGACCUACUGUGACCGGCUGGUGCAGGUGUCCUUUGUGUGCCUCAUGCCCCAGUUCCGGAACCCCAGGGCAUCCCUGCGCGUCCGGCUCUGUGACCUGCUGGGCCACCUGCAGCGGAGCGGCGAGCGGGACUGCCAGGAGUUCUACCGUGCCCUCUACAUCCACGCCCAGCCCCUGCACAGCCGCCUGCCCAGCAGGCACUCCGGGCAGAACUCCGACCUGGAGUGCGCAGACCUGGACUUGGGUACCGCCAGCCACACGCUCAGCGACAGGGGACCCAUGGCCUUUCUGGCCUGCCUCGGCCUAGCCGCGGGGCUGGCCCUCCUCGUCUACUGCUGCCCUCCAGGUGGGUGCCGCUCAGCCGGGCCUGGCUCCGAGCCAGGACAGAGGCUUCCCCUCCCGCCCCCGGGCACAGUGCCCGCCCGGCUCUCCAUGCCUCUGUGUUCCCACCGCAGUGGGGCAGUGGCCGGCUGAGGGGAGAGGGUGCGGGGCCCAGUGGUGGUGGCCCCAGUUCCUGCACUUGGCCCUCAGUGACCCCUCCAGGGGUCAGAGAACGAGGCCCCUUUGGGAGGAGGGGUGCAUGAAACAGGGCUCAGGGGUUAGAAAGCGCUGCCUGCGUGGGGCCUGGGGUCCCCUCCAGUGUCAUGGCCCUGACGGGUGGCCAGAGGCCCAGGGCUGAGGCCCCCAGGCCGGGCACAGCCCCACCGUUCCUUUCUUUCCAUGUUGAGAUUGCCGAGGUCCUGGGGUCCGCUUCCUGCUGUCCUUCCUGGCGGCCGAGCUGGGGGGCCUCUGACGACCAGCUCCCCUCCAGCCCCCCUCCGCCCACUGCGCACCAAAGAGCCCGCCUCCCCGGCCGGGGCCUCCUCUUGCCUAAAGGCUUGGAUCCUGAAGGCACGUCCUCAUCUUGCCAAGCUGCUCAGUGAAUUAAACGGGAGUCUCCCGCCUUCUCAG